UCUGUCAAAGCCAGUUCCUCCAUAUAAGACGCUGACUUGUUUAUGUUGAAGGGUAUGAUCCUGCACUCUACUCUGAAGCUUGUGUGAGAAUUUUUCUCUUAACAUGUCUGCUUUGUUGCUAAUUUGAUCAUAUCUUCAGAUAGCAGAGAGCGAGGCUGGUUGACUGAUACACAGGGGGGUUUGAUGAGCAGAGUUUAGGCGUGGAGUUUAGACUAGUUGAUGACUGGUAGGUGGGUAGCCCUCACCCCCAGUUGUUCUCCGUCCUGUGCCCGCUCUUGGUGUCCUGAUCACAGAAACACAUAGAGGACACAGAGGAGGAGGAGGAGGAGAAGGAGGGUCAACCAUGGAGCUGUAGGGACACGCUCAGAUGCCCGUGUGGAUCACCAUUGGAGGAGGAGUGCCGCUGAGGAGAAGAGCUCUGCAAUGAACAAAGCCAAGAGGAAGCCCAGCGAGAGCCCUGCUGUGCUGAAGAGCAGGAAGCUGGUCCAGCGGAGGAGAAAUACAUGCCCCAGUCCUCAGGACAUCAGCCGGGCCCUGCAGAGCCCCAGCUCUGCUCCCAGUGCCAGUGCUGCCAGCCUAGAUGAGCUCAUACAGCGCUGCCUGAACUGCUUUGAUUCAGAGGGGAAACUCUGCAGCCCAAGGGGGUCCCAGCUGGUCCAUAUGACCCUGAUGAUGCACAGCUGGGUUGUGCCAUCUCAGACAUUUGCCCAGAAACUUCUCACCCUUUAUAAGGAUUGUCCGCUGGACAAGAGAGGACUGAAGUGGACACAGAUCUGCCACCUUGUCAGGCAGUGGAUCAGCCAGUUCCCGGCGGUGUUCGAGGCAGACCCCCUCCUCGAGCAAACCAUGGGGGACCUGUGGGCACUGGUACGGUCAGACAGAGAGGACACGCAAUCGCAGCUCAACGACACUUCUUGCUUAAGCCCUCAUGGGAACAUAUCCCAGGCACCCUCAUCCUCUGUGAAGAAGAGGAAGGUGUCAUUGAUCUUCGACCACAUGGAGUCAGAUGAAAUGGCUGAACAUCUCAGCUAUCUGGAAUUUAAGAACUUCUGUAAUGUCUCAUUUCUGGACUACCGCAGCUACGUGGUGCGAGGCUCGGUGAGGGACAACCCUGCACUGGAGCGGUCGGUCAUGAUGUGCAAUGGAGUCUCCCAGUGGGUCCAGCUGAUGAUCCUCAGCAAACACACAGCGCAGCAGAGAGCGCAGGUCUUCACCAAGUUCAUUCAUGUGGCUCAGAAACUUCGUGCUCUGCAAAACUUUAACACUCUAAUGGCUGUAACUGGAGGCCUCUGUCACAGCUCAAUCUCCCGCCUCAAAGACACCUCUAACCUGCUCCCUCCUGAUAUUACUAAGGCUCUGAGUGAGAUGACAGAGCUGCUUUCCUCACGCAGCAACUACAGCAACUACCGGCGUCUUUACAACGACUGCAGCGGCUUCAAGGUGCCAAUCCUGGGUGUGCACCUGAAGGAUCUGAUCUCACUGAACGAAGCCCUGCCAGAUUACAUAGAUGAGGACAAGAUCAACCUGAGCAAGCUGCAGCAUCUGUACAGCAACAUCAACGACCUGCUGGCCAUUCACAGCUGCACACCCCCCUUUGAGGCCAACAAAGACCUUCUGCAUCUGCUCACGCUCUCUCUAGAUUUGUACUACACUGAGGAUGAAAUAUAUGACCUUUCAUACACCAAGGAGCCCAAGAACCCCAAGAUCCAGCCUGUAGCUCCAGUUAAACCGCCAGUAGUUGCAGAGUGGGGCUCAGGGGUGACCCCCAGGCUCGACCCCGGUACCAUAUCAAAACAUGUCAAACAAAUGGUGGAUUCCAUAAUGAAGAACUACGACCAGAGCCAGGAUGGCUACAUUUCACUGGAGGACUUUGAGAAAAUAGCAGCCAACUUCCCCUUCUCCUUCUGCACUCAUGAAACUGACAGGGAGGGACAAAUAAGCCGUGAGGAAAUCACCUCUUACUUCAUGAGGGGAAUGUCUGUAUGUGCCAAGCUGGGCUACAACUUCAAUGACGCACAUAACUUCCAUGAAACUACGUACAAACGGCCGACGUUCUGUGACACAUGUGGGGGCUUUCUGUGGGGAGUCAUCAAACAGGGCUAUCACUGUAAAGACUGUGGGGUAAACUGCCACAGACACUGUAGGGAUCUGGUGGGAAAGGAGUGCUUGAAGAAACACAAAAACACAACUGGUUCCUGCCCGUGCACCCCCGCCCCCGACUCAAAAACCAAGGGCAACUGCUGGAGUUCAGAGGAGGAGACCUUUGUUUUCCCCCAAGCUAGUGAGCCAGAACACAACAAGGGCACUGUUUGGAGAAAUAACAGUGAUUCGACGCUGUCAGACCGCUCCACUCAGACGGAUCCUGGAGUAUGGACACCUGAGAAAAAGGACAAGAGGGGCAACAACCACAACUCUCACGUACAUGAGUCUCCAGAUAGAAAGGUCAACAUGCUGCCUCAGAGAGCCCGAGGUUGCUCCAUGCCCGUCUCCUAUUUGCAGGGGAAGAUGGAGGUGCUGCAUCUCUACAAGGACAAGAGCAGAGAGCCAGACUGAGCUGAGCGCUCCAUCUCACACAUGAGCAAAAUAUCCAGACAUCACCACAUCUCUGACAAAGCAGUGUCUGACUGGUGUUGAACUGAUGAGAUUCACUGGCCAUUCACUUCAGAAUACCAGCAAUGAUAAAUGGACCUCAUUGUGUUUUAAGUAUGUUUUGACAUAUUUGUAAUUAUAAUUUUUUGAUAAUGUUAUUGUUUAUUAGUUUGUUUAGGCUUCACACAUGCCUUCGUUCUCUGGUGCUAAAAUUCGACACCUCAAAGCAUAUGGUCAUUUAUGCCCUCCAACAUAGAAAUAUAAUAGUUUCCUAAUCAAAUAUAAAUACAGGGAAGGAAAUUAACACUAACGUGAACAAAAUUCUAGCUACUUUUAACUUUGGUAGCUAUAAUGUUUGACAGCUCUGCUCAUUUGGAAAGCGAGUUAAAAACUGUUAUUUCCAUUUGUUUGGUAUUGAGUUUGCUGAUAUAAUGUGUUUAUAUCACUGAUUAAAUCUGCCCUGUUUAUGGCAGAUACUUUUGCAAGUCACUGAAGCCCUUUCUUGACUGGUAAUAUUGGAUUUAUUUGAUUUUUGCAUGUGAUGAACAACUUUGACUACCUUGGCCUUAUGCGUUACAUUUCAAGGAAAUAUUCAAAAUUACUAUUGCUGUUACAAACGCUACAUUUACACAUUGUGACAGAAGACUUUGCUCAUAUUAGUUGGUAAAUAGUGAAAGUUGUAAUCAGUCAGCAAAACCUAUUUCCUGCCCUG